UUGAAAUGGCAGUUGAGCAUGAGUGACAGUAGAGGGUACAUACAGCGAUGAAGGACACUGUGUGGACGAAGAUCUUCUGAAUGACAGUCUUUCAUUUGGAAUUCCUCCGUGUGUGCUUUAUAGGUACUGGGCAUAGAGAAAUAAUGGCACCGAAAAGAAGGGCUACCUCAACCACUAAAGUGGAUCAAAAGAAGGUGAAGCAAGAGCCCGACACACCAAAGGAUGCCUUUACCUCUGCCAAAGAGGCUCUGAAGGCUGCAGGGCCCCAGGUCCAGGGGAAAAGGAAGGCUGAUGAGCAUUGCUGCCUGUCAGAGCAGCAUUCAGGAGUGGUUUAUGAAGAUUAUGACUGCAUGUUAAAUCAGACCAACAUUGGAAAUAACAACAACAAGUUUUAUGUUAUUCAAGUGUUGCAUAUACGUGCCUCUUACUACUGUUGGACCAGAUGGGGGAGAGUGGGAGAAACAGGCAAAUGGAACCUGUCACAACCCUCCGACAGCCCUGACAAAGCCAUCAAAGAGUUUGAGAAGAAGUUCAAAGACAAGACAAAGAACAGCUGGAAGGAGCGGGAGAACUUUGUGUCUCACCCUGGGAAGUACACCCUCAUAGAGGUGGAUGGGGACCAGGAUGCAGAGGUCAAGGUGGAUAUUGUUGACGGCAGCAUUACCAAGAGGCCUAAAAACAUUCUGCCCUGCACCCUGGACAACCCCACACAAAAGCUCAUCCAACUCAUCUUCAGCAAUGACAUGUUUAAAGAGGCAAUGGAGUGCAUGAACCUGGACAUAAAGAAGAUGCCUUUGGGGAAGCUGAGCAAGCUGCAGAUUGCUAAGGGCUUUGAGGUGCUGGAGGAGAUUGAUGGAGCCAUGAAAGAACGCAAGACCAGCAGGACCAAAUUGGAAGAGCUAUCCUCCAAGUUUUUCACCACUAUCCCACACAACUUUGGGCGUAACCGGCCCCCGGUCAUUGACAGCUCUGAGAUUGUGGAUAAGAAGAAGGAGAUGCUUCUGGUGCUGGCUGAUAUAGAGAUUGCCCAGAACCUGAAAGCUGAGACUGAAAAAUUCCAGGAGGAGAUGGAGGUGGAGAAAGUACCUCAUCCACUGGACCAGAACUAUCUGUCUCUCAACUGCAAACUCGGUCUACUACAAAGAGAUACUCAGGAAUUUAAGGUAAUUGAGAGCUACUUGAAGGCCACUGCACACAGUCACAGCCAGCCCAAGAUUGUUGAUGUCUGGGAGGUGGACAGAGAGACAGAGGCAGAGAGGUUCAGGGAGAACGAUCACCUGGACAACCGGCGUCUGUUGUGGCACGGUACCAACGUGGCGGUGGUGGCAGCCAUCUUGAAGGGCGGCCUGCGGAUUAUGCCCCAGUCAGGGGGCCGCGUGGGCAGGGGGAUCUACUUUGCCUCUGAGAACAGCAAGUCUUCAGCAUACGUGCAUACUUCAAAAAGCACAGGUGUGAUGUUUUUGAACGAGGUGGCAUUAGGGAAGGAGUACACCAUCACCAAGGACGACAGCUCCCUGACGAAGCCGCCUAUAGGCUACGACAGCGUGGUGGCUCGAGGACAGGUGGAGCCAGAUCCGUCCAGAGACAUCAUCCUGACUUUGGAUGGUAAGAAGGUGGCUGUGCCUCAGGGUGAACCCAUCAAUCAGCCCCAGUACAAGGACAGCUACUUCUGCAAUAGCGAGUACCUUGUCUACAGGGAGGACCAGUGUCGGAUCCGCUACCUGCUAGAGCUCAAGUUUUAACUGGAGACAAGCUCCCUGCUGAGGCACUACUGCCUUCUACAGGAGAGGGUCUUCAGCUCCUUCUCCAUGGUUGAGUAUGAACCGUAGUGAUGCAGGUUGUUGUUAGAGACUAAUGUCACUGACUACCAUGUUCUACCAACGUUCUGUUAUAUCCCAUACUUAUCUGUGCCUUAUCCUAUGCAGUAGCUUAACAGGCUAUGAGUUAACCUUCCACGGUCAAUUUUAUAAGCCAGCUGUUGACGGUUUUCCUCGUACCUUCAAAUUUGUUUUAUUAUUGUACUUUAAGACAUAAUUCAGGAUUGUCAAUGAUGCCCUCUCUACCCACCCCAGCGAUUUCUUGUCAAUGCAUGCGGUUUAAAGAAAGUGGUGUUUUAGGAAGUGGAAGUGGUAGUGCAUUGACUGGGAGUUAUCAUUGGCUCAUAGAACUGCCUCUAAAGUCCUUCAUUUUGCACACAGACAUAUAGUUACACAUGGUAUCCAUACAAUAAUUUGACUAUGGGAAAGUAGGCUUAUGAUUGUAUGACAAGGCCUUUUCAAUUAUACAGUUUUUUGUUGUUAGAGGGAUAUUCAGUUCACCAAUACUACAUGCUAAGUGUGAAUACUGUUCGUUUAUUAAUACACAGCAGCACCUACCUAUAUUUUCUGCACUAUAUCUGUUAAAUGUAGAUAUUUUCUACUCUACUCUAAAAAUACUGUCUAUAUUCACGCGCCAUAGAUGGGCAAAAUGUAUUGUACGUUUCUGUAUCAAAAAUGAUGCAUGCAACAGAAGUCAAUGCACUAGAAAUGUGCUGUAUAGGCAUGAAGAGAAAGUUCUGAUGAAGGGGAUUGAUUGCAAGGAGGAUUGCUGUGUUCUGUUUAUGUAUAAAGAACUUUGGAAUUGGUAGCAUUGUUUUAUGGAGAUCAUGCAGCUUUGUCAAUGUAGAAUCCCGUGACCAUGUCAUUGUGUUACCUAGCAAGCCUCCCAAAGUGCCUUUGGUUUUGAUCAAUGUGCUUUUUUGAGUAUUUGGAGUGUCACAUUCCUGGCCUGAUUCCAUGAUCAGUUCUGCCUUCAAGCCCAAUCGGGAACCCCCAACACGUAAACAAUUUUGUAUAAGUUUGGUUAAAAGUCAAAAGUCAACUGGACCUUGGGACCAUCUGGCAAUUAGGUGAAUGUAACAUUUAAUUACAUUUGUUUUCUCAAGGGUUAUCUGAUUCAUUACUGACUCUUGUCAGCUUGUUUAUUCCCUACAUCUUUCCUUUUGCUUUGUCAUUUGAAUGUAAUCUGAAUGUAACUGAGCUUUUUGCACCUGAUCUACUUACUAGAUUUCAUGAUACAAGCUCAAUAAACUAAAUGACACUUAA